AUGGGGCGUCAGGGACCUAACCCCAUCGGCCACGCACAGGGUGAGCUCCGGCGCAGAGGGUUUUCUUCCAAAUCUCCAAAUCGUUUCAUUCGUCCUCAGAUGCAGCAGGGCUGUAUCACCAAUAAUGCACAAGGUUUCCAAGCACCUGUGCCUUGUGCUUUCAGAAACAAAGGGAGAGUAGAAACAGAAACGUUUUCCCGAGACCUGCCGGGAGACGGGCUGCAGCGGGCGCCGGGGGGCGGGGCGGCCGGGGGGCGGGGCGGCCGACGGGGUUGCUGGCCCCUCCGACCCCGUAGGUCUCGGGAUCCCCAGAGAGGCCCCUCCGUCCCAGCAGGCCUCGGGACCCCAGAGGUCCGGCUACCCCGAACCGGCGCCGGGCUUCCCUCCCUCAGUCCCGGGGCGCCGCACCCGCAGUCGCGUCCAGUCCUGGGCCUGGACCCCCUAAGCGGCGACCCCGACUGCCGGACACCCCACGGCCCGCCUCGGCCCGACGGACGCAUACUGACCGGCUCCAGAAAGCCACGACCUCCGGCGGCGAGCGCAGAGCAGGCCCAGCGGAUAACCGCCGCCGCCGCCGCGCCUUUUGUUGUCGUGCGUUCUCCCGGCAACCAGCGAAACCCCGGAAGCGCCGCGCCCCGCCCACAGGCUGUAUGCCCCACCCCUCCGCCUCUCGCCCCGCCCACAGACCGCAGGUCCCGCCCCUCCGCCCCUAGCCCCGCCAGCAGGCCGCAGGCCCCGCCCCUCCGCCCCUAG